UGUGGCCAAUGUCUUUCCUUUUGUUCCUAAAUCUCUUGAUCCUCAUUCAACCAGCUUUUCAGGUAUCAGAGAGUGACAGCUUUCUGAUAUAUAAUGAAAACCUCAAGCUUUGCAUACAGUCUUGGAACACUCGUUCCAUCAUCCUGGACUACUGUGAUAUGAGUAAUAAACGGCAAAAUUUUAGGUGGGUUUCCGAUGGCCAUAUUUUGAACAUGGCGACAAAGUUAUGCCUGGCAGUGCCUUCCAAGUCAGACCAGGCCCGGGUCACACUCUCCUCCUGUAAUGAGACCAUUGAACUUCAGAAAUGGGAAUGCACAAAUGAUACAAAGUUCCUUGGACUUGAACACCAAGAUUUGUUUGUAACUCCUGAGGGUGGUCGAAAAGAUCGUGUUAUGCUGUCUAAUAAAGCCACCAGCGAGAAUACCUGGAAGAUCUAUGGAACUGAAGACAAAUUGUGUUCUAAACACUAUGAAGCUCUGUAUACUAUAGAAGGCAAUGCCUUGGGAGCCCCAUGUAGGUUUCCAUUCAAGUUUCAGAACAAAUGGUAUGCUCAAUGCAUAAGAGAUGAUGAUAAUCAUGGACAACUUUGGUGUGGAACAACUGAAGAUGUGGACAGAGACUCUUUAACUGGAUAUUGUCCAAUAAAAGAUGAUGAAUUUUUCUGGACCAGAAACCAUUGGACAGGGGAUCUGUAUCAGAUCAAUUCCUACUCAGCUCUAACAUGGUACCAAGCAAGCAAAAGUUGCCAGCAACAGAAUGCAGAAUUAUUGAGCAUCACCGAUUUACAAGAACAAGCAUACCUGACAGGAUUAAUAAAUGAUAAGAAAAAUGACUACUGGAUUGGAUUGAACUCUUUCAAUGUUGAGAGUGGGUGGCAGUGGAUUGGCAAUCAUCCUUUCAGAUAUUUAAACUGGGCUCCAGGUAGCCCAUCUCCAGAAACAGAAAACAUCUGUGGAUCAAUGCAGUCUGAAAAUGGCAAAUGGCAGAAUAAAAAGUGUCAAGAUAACAUUGGGUACAUUUGCAAGAGAGAAAAUUCUUCAUUAGAUACUUCUGUUAUUUCUUCAGGCUGGUCAAAGCCUAUUAAAUGUUCAGAUGGCUGGGCUCCAUAUGAAGGCCACUGUUACCGCCUUUACAGACACCUCAAGACGUGGCCGCAGGCACUAUCAUCCUGUCGAAAGGAAGGUGGAGACUUAAUAAGUAUACACAACAUUGAAGAACACAGCUUCAUCAUUUCUCAGCUAGGCUACCAGCCGGAGGAUAGUCUAUGGAUAGGACUGAAUGACCGGAAGACUCAGAUGUAUUUUGAAUGGAGUGAUGGAUCUACAGUGAGACUCACCAAGUGGCAGAAAGGAAAACCCACACACAUAAAUGAUGUGCAAAAUGACUGCGUAUUCAUGAAUGGGGAGAAUGGAUACUGGGCAGAUAAUUUUUGUGAAGAGGAACUUGGUUACAUCUGUAAAAGAGCACCUUUGGCAAUUAUUUCUGAAGAACCUGAAAUUGCUGAUCCAAAUUGCCAAAAAGGCUGGAGAAGGCAUGGCUUCUACUGUUACUUAAUUGAACAAACAUCUGCAACAUUUUCAGAAGCAAAGACAUCAUGUGCAGCAAAUCACGGAUCUUUGACUUCUGUGGAAAACAGAUAUGAACAGGCCUUCCUGACUAGUCUAGUUGGACUUCAUUCUGAAAAAUAUUUCUGGAUCGGCCUUUCAUAUGUAGAGCAACCAGGGACAUUCAACUGGACAAAUGGAGACGGUGUUUUGUUCACCCACUGGAACUCAGGAAUGCCUGGGCAACAACCCGGCUGUGUUGCCAUGAGAACUGGGACUGCAGCUGGCUUGUGGGAUGUUGUGAACUGUGAGGAGAAGGCAGCCUUCAUUUGCAAACGAUGGGCAGAUGGUGUGACAACAACUCCUGCUCCCAAACCAACUCCUCUGCCUGCAUGUCCAAAUGAAUGGCAUCCAAGCAGUACUAGACCUGUGUGUUUUAAGGCCUAUUACAAAGAAGUAAAGAACAGGAAAUCUUGGUUCGAAGCACAAGAUUUUUGUAGAGCAAUUGGAGGAGACCUAGCUUCUAUUCACAGUGAAAACGAAAAAGAUGUUAUUAUAAAGGAAUUAAUUGGGAAAAAUUAUGGUUAUUAUUGGACUGGUUUCAGUGAGUUGGCACCCAAUAAAGGAUAUACUUGGAGUGAUGGAUCUCCUGUAAACUCUGAAAGGAAUUUUUAUCUUAGUGAUCGUUACCAUGAAGACACGGGAUGCAGAGCCAUGUAUGUCUAUAGUUCGUGGCAGAGGUCUGACUGGUGUGAACAUUUUAAGAAUUGGGUUUGCCAAAUAAAGAGAGGUGUAACAGUGAAAAAAGAUCCAGUCGUUGGUUUUGAAUAUAAAUUUACAAGAAUUGAAAAUGGCUGGAUUUUGUAUAAUGAGAGCGAGUACUAUUUCAGCAAUGCAAGUUCAUCUGCAGAAAGAGCAUGGGCAUUCUGCAAGAAGCAACAUGCAGAUCUUGUGGUCAUUGAAAGUGAAACUGAAAGACAGUUUUUGUGGAAAUACAAUCAGCUUUAUCGCAGUCAUUAUGACCAUUAUAUUGGUUUAACUGUGGAUUUUGAAAAAAGUUACCGCUGGUUGAAUGGAACUCCGGUUACCUAUGAAGCCUGGGCACCCAAUGAACCCAACUUUUCAAACGAGGAGGAAAAUUGUGUCAUCAUGUAUUAUAGAACAGGCUUAUGGAAUGACAUAAACUGUGGUGCUGAGACAAGAUUCAUCUGCGAAAGGGAUAAGAGUUCUGUCCGUUCAGCUGCUGCUCCCACAACGCCUGCACCUGUUGGAGGCUGUGCAGAUGGCUGGCUUUUCUUUGAUAAAAAGUGCUUCAAACUAUUAGGUUUGAAUGAAGAAGAGAGGAAAAACUGGCACGAAGCACGACUUGAUUGCAAAGAAUCCGGAGGAAAUCUGGCUAGCAUACCAAACAAAGAAACACAAGCAUUCCUUAUGGUGCAAUUACAAAGUGCUGCAACUGACCCUUGGAUUGGACUGAAUGAUUGUAUUUCUAGUCACAGUUUUCUAUGGACAAGUGGAAGUGGAGUCUACUUUACAAACUGGGCCCCAAAUUUUCCCAAUUACAAUGGAAACUGUGUUUUUAUUAUGCAUGAGCCUCUACCGAAGGCAGGAAAGUGGAGAAAUGGACCAUGUUCUGACAGGAAAAGCUACAUCUGCCAAAGAAACACUGAUCCUGCAUUAUCACAGCCCGAAACAAUGGCUCCAGCCUUUCGCCAUAUCCCUUUUGGGAAUAGCAGCUACUCUUUCAUUGCUCCCAAUAUGACUUGGGAAGAGGCCAGGAAAAAGUGUAAUUCAGAACACUCAGAGCUUGCCAGCAUUUGGAAUCCCUACAUUCAAUCAUUCCUAUGGCUGUGGGUGUUGAAAUAUGGAGAGCCUGUGUGGAUUGGUCUAAAUAGCAAUAUGACUGGUGGGCACUACACAUGGAUAAACAACCGGAGAUUGGCAUAUACUAAUUGGGCACCUGAAGAACCAACGCAGAAAACAGCCUGUGUCUUCAUGGAUCUUGAGGGUCAUUGGAAAACAGGAGCUUGCAAUCAAACCUACUUUUCUGCCUGUGAGCAGUAUACUGGUACAAUCCCAACUGAGGAGCCACAGCUCCCAGGAAGAUGCCCUGCAUCAAAAGAAGAUGGGAAAGCUUGGGUACCUUUUCAGGCUCAUUGCUAUCAAUUCUACUCUGCUUGGUAUGAAUGGCCAAAAGCUUUCUUCAAAUGUGCUCAGUUAGGUGCCACCUUGACUUCGAUAGUAGAUUUAGCUGAACUGCAUUUUUUGAUGGAUCACACUCAACAAUUAUCACAUGAUGAGUAUUGGAUUGGGAUGUUCAGAAAUAACGAUGGAGAAUGGCUAUGGCAAGAUAACACUGCACUGGAUUUUGUCAAUUGGGACAAUGAAAAGCCCACAGCUGAUCCUGAGUCAUACCGUUUUAAAAAUGAGAGAUGCGUUUUCAUGAACAGCCAAAAUGGGAAGUGGUUCAGGGGAGCGUGCAGCUAUUACAAGGGAUAUAUAUGUAAAAGAAACAAAAUUAUUGAAGAGAUGACAGCUCCUUCAAAAAUGCCUGAGCAAGAAGACAGUCUGGCAUCAACACAGGGCAGAGUUCUGAAGGCGGUUCUCCCGAUUAUCUUCCUCCUCCUCAUUGGUGUGGGUGUAGCAGCCUAUGUUUUCUACAAAAGAAGAGGCAGACGACAAGAAAUCACUGGUAGCAUUGACAACCCUAUGUAUAACGACAAAGUAGUCAUUCUUCCAAAUAAAGAUUCAGAAAUGGGUGAGGAUGAAAAAGAGGGAGAUUAACAAAUGUGUAACUCUAUAUGCAUUUCCCUGGGAGUAAGUCACAUUGAGCUCACCAGGACCAUUGAUGGAAAUUAAUUGUUCCAAGCUGCAAUAUGUAGUGGUACUUCCUGUGACAAGACUCAUGAUGUCACAGUGUAAACAUGAUUAUUACUUAGUGAAAACAAAUGCUAUAUGAAAUAUUUUCAAAUUAAAGAUUACUUGACUU